UUCCUGUUUCUCUUCUUAUCCUAUGCCGCUGUGACGUCACGAGGCGAGGCAGCACAGAUCCCAGGACUCCACCUGCCCACGCCCACCCAUGCUGACCACGCCCCCUCCCACGCCCACGCUCUCGUUCCCUUGCAUCAGGGGCAUGAUGGACUCCCACGUGUUGAUUCCUUGGUUGCAAAGGGGAAGGUGAACAGUCCGUAUGAAUAUCAGUACGCCGUUCGCCGCGAUCAAGCCACGCCCCUUUCCGGCCACGACACGCCCCUCUUCGGCCACGCGGAAGCCCACAACGGACACACGAGGAAGGGCAAGUACUUCGUGCACCUCCCAGACGGCCGCGUCCAGACCGUCACUUACUACGCCGACGAGACUGGCUACCACCCCACCGUCUCCUACGAGGGGACGGCCCACUACGACGCCCACGCAGCCGUCCCUCACCACGCCCCUGCCAAGGCUUACCACGCCCCCGAACCAGCGUAUCACGCCCCUGAACCAGCAUAUCACGCCCCUGGACACAAGGCUCCAACAUACAACACCCUUAAACCGGCAUAUCACAACCCUGGACCAAAACACAGGGCUUUUACACCAACACACGGCCCUGUACAAGCCUACAACGAGCCUAAAAGAACAUACACUGCCCCCGAACUAGCUUACGACGCUCCUCAGCUAAAUCGCAAAAUACCCCAGGCAGUUCACCACGCCCCUGAGCCAGCGUACAAGAUUCCUGAACCGGCUUACCACGCCCUUAAGCCAACGUACGAAACCCCUGGGCGAGUUUACCACGCCCCUAAGCCAACAUAUACAUCCCCUGAACCAACAUACACGACCCCUAAGCCAGCUUACCAUGUCCCUGGACUAAUAAACCACGCCUCUCGAAAAAUUAAUCACGCCCCUAAGCCAUCCUACACAACUCCUAAGCCAGCUUACCACGCCCCUGAGCCAGCAUACCACGCCCCUGAGCCAGCAUACCACGCCCCUGAGCCAGCUUACCACGCCCCUGAGACAGCUUAUCACGCCCCUGAGCCAAUAUACUACGCCCCCCGACCAGUUAACCACGCCCCUGAGUCAACUUACCACGCCCCCGAGCCAUCCUACACAACCCCUGAGCCAGCUUACCACGCCCCAGAACCAAGCCAGAUAAUCCACGCAUCCGCCCCUCACCCUCUCGCUCUGCCUUCCAACCUCCAAGUGACGUCACAGCCUCGCCACCCGACGUCUCUCGGCCUCCCCGCCCUCCCGACCGCCGUGCUACCGACCCGACCGCCCCCGAAGCACCGAAACUCCCCCCCGACGCCUUUUCCCAAGCAGACCCUUGCCGUUCCCCUCUCUGGCCUCCGCGGUCGACACUCCGCCAGCCCUGUGAUCCACGACCUCCUCUCGACGACCUCUGGAAUCGACUUCGGCGCCGAUGACGACUUCGACGCCGAUGAUCUCAGAGGACCUGGUCCCAGACCGCUGGCUAUGAGGUCGAAUGGUCACUUCGACGCGACGACCACUGCUUUCGACUUGAGCGAAACUCUCUUCCGAAAUGCAGUCGACACGUGGCCUGAUUUGCGACCUUGA